GAGCCUUUUUUAGUGCGUGUCAGAGAUGAUGGGCUCACUUUAAAACGUUGCUGGAUCCUUUUGUCAGAUCAGUCUGUAAGAAGAGCUGCAGGGCAGGCAAGGAGUCCCUAACACACACACACAAACACCUCCCACGUACACACCUGUGGACUGAGCUUCAUCCGAGUCCACUUUGGAUCCUCUGGAAGGAAACUCUGAAGUCAAACAACCGCAGGUCCAGUCAUGGCUGAAAGAAGACGGACCAGUUUCUCCGGUGUGUUGAUCACCAUUGUGCUGGCUGUGAUGCUGCUGCCUGCAUUCUUGUCUGCUGGACCAAUUGUGCAAAAGCCCAGAGGAGAUGCGGGGGAAAGCAUCCAGGAGAAGGCGGCUGCUGCAGCAGCACACAGGAGGCUGAUCCGCAACCGCAGGAACAUCAGCUGGUACAAACAGCACUCUGACUUCUGGGCAUGGUACAAGUACUUUACUGACAACGGCAACCAGGAGGCAAUUCAGGAGAUGGAUCGCAUCUUCCUUGCCUACCUCCAGAACAAGAACCGUGCUGAGGGACGUCGCUCCUACAAGGCCUACUUGAGACACCUGGGAGAUGUUUACAAAUCCUGCUCCGAUACUGAAGACCCCAACUGCGUGGCUUCCUACACCAGCAGGGCCAGUCCUAAAGCGGAACCCCCCAAACCUGCCCCAGUAAAAACCUGUGACCCCACCAAGGACCCCUACUGCAUGUACAUGGCUUUAGUCCAGGGAAAGAGCCCUUACAAGCCAUUGGUGCUCGCGGCUGCCAGCCCUGCUCCUCAGUACGUCCACUCUCCUGCUCCAGCCAAGGACCCUCAGUCAGGGUACUACUACUCUCCGUCCACAAUGCCUUUCCUGACCAUGGACCAGAAGGUAGAGUUGCUGCGGAUCUGUGGCUCUGAUGAUGUGGAGUGUCUUCAGUACCAUCUGAAAGCUGCUUAUGGGUAUUCUGGUGGGUCCCGUCCAUCAUAUGCCCACCUUGGCUGUGACCCCAAGAAAGAUCCUGCCUGCAAAAUGGUACAGAAAGCUCCUGCUGGUCUCUACAUGAAUGCCUAUUCUGCCUCCAGUACGGUACGUCUUAUUCGUCAUACUAAUUUCCUUCAACAGCUUUCUGCAUUACUAUAUUUUAAUUUUACUCUAUCCCUCCAGGCUCCCCAAGCUGCACCAGGAUCCUGCAAUCCUCUUUUUGAAGACGGUUGCAACCCUCUUACCGCCACCAGAUUUUCCACUCCUCCAGAGUCAUACAAAAGUAACGAGAGAGAUCAGGCCGCGUCCAUCCGUGCUGCCCCUCCUGCUGAGCAGUAUGACCCCUAUUCCAUGUAUAGGGAUUCUUAUUCUAAUGUUAACAGAGUCACUGAUCCUUAUGCUAUGUAUCGCCAGGCCAGUGCCCCAACUUCUCCUCCAGCUACUGAUCUCUUUGCUGUACUGCGCCAAUACAUGGCCCAAGCUCACGCUAAUGACCCAUAUGCUCCACGUAUGGGGGCUGCUUCUGAGUCAAACUCCAACGAUCCUUACUCUACUAUGCGUGAUGCAGCAGGCGCUAUGCACCUGCACACCCCUCCCUCCCCCAGGCAGCAGCACCCUUAUUCCUAUCCCAGUUAUGAGGAACCUGCCCAGGAGGAACGCCACCCUCUGGGUCCCCCAGGCAAAACCAAGGAGGGCUACGACUGUUUCAUUGGCUAUGACCGUGAAUGCUAUCCCGUGAAGCCCAGCGCACCUCGCUCUGGAGUUCAACGUCGCAUCCCUUACUCUGCUGAGGCCUAUGAGCCCCACCUGAAUUCUGACGGCACCCGCAAUGGCGUCCUGGAGCCUGAAAACCCACACUGUGACCCCGAGUAUGACCGUGACUGCCGCCUGCGUCGCUAUGAGACCGAGCAGCCUCAAAGCCAGCCUGAACGUCAUGCAGCAGAGGACCACAGCCAGACGGCAGCCGAGAGAGAGCAGGUUAAUCAGGACCAGUAUGAAGCAGAGCCCUACCAGAGCGGCCAGGAGGAAUCUCACACACCCUACACGCCUCUCACACAAGGCAUGCCCAGCCUCCAGGACAUACUGAGGCGCUAUGGAGACCAGUAUCCCGGGCAGGAGGAUCACAGAGCUUAUGCAGACAACUACCGCAAGAAGUAAACAGGCUAACACGCACAAAAGCAUGCAGAUGGACAUGAAUGCACAGUCCAAUGCGUUCCUGUAGUUCAGCCCUUGAACGCCUCAUGCCCCGAGAAACCAGUUCUAUCUGGACCAGAGGUGGGACACAGGUGAAUUUGAUGGACCCAGAGAGCAAGUACAUGCAUGUACAUCCCAAACACAGCUUCUUGCUUUGGGAGCCUGCUAAAAACUUUCCUGGAACGCCUUCCUAUAACUUUAGUUGCUUUGGGCCUGAUGCUUUGAUUUAUUGCUUUUUACUUUCUACCUUAAACUCUCCUCUGUGCUUUCAAGUGUGUAAUGACCUCACAGCUCUCAGCUUUGCUUCUGUAUCUGUGCAUUAUUUUUAAAAUGAAAUAUUGUUUAUUGCUUUUUGACACAGAUGGAUUGUCAUUUUUU